GGAAGAUUAUUGUUCAUUACAUGCUGAUAACUGCGCUGGACAAAACAAAAACAGAUAUGUGUUAGCCUAUCUUUCAUGGCGUGUAAUGACAGGACUGCACAAGAGAAUUGACCUACACAUGCAGAUUCCUGGUCACAGUAGAUGUCUUGUAGACGCUGGAUUUGCAAAUUUUAAGAGAUUAUACAGGCGAUGUGAUGCAGAUUCCUUGCUUGAUCUUGUAAAUCAAGUAAACAAGUCUUCAACUGUUAACGAAUCAGUGAGCUACCCAGAAUGGACAUGGUUUGACUGGAAGACAUACUUUAAUCAGUACUACAAAGCCCUACCGGGAAUUUCAUCAUAUCAACAUUUCAGAAUUGAGCACAAUAGACCUGGCGAGGUAACUGUGAGGAAAACUCCCGAUGGUGACGAAAUAUCGUUCAAACUCUUACGAUAUUCGGACACUACGUUCACUGCAGAACAAAGCCACCUGUACUACUGUCAGGCGGUCUCUCAUUUGAAAGACAGAUGUACUUAUACAGAUCUGUACGUCCAUACGUGCGGCAAAAUUCGCAAGAUGAAACGUGCCCUUUACCUACAAGAGAAGAGUAAUUCUUCCGCUGGAAAUACAACAAAAUUAAUCUAUGUACUGAAAAUCUAA